AUGGUGGACCAAACCAAGGUUGAAGCCAUCAAGACCUGGCCGCAACCAAAGAUAAUCACCAAAGCUAGGAGCUUCCACGGUCUUGCCUCCUUUUAUAGGCGUUUUGUUCCAAACUUCAGCUUAAUUAUGGCACCCAUCACCGAGUGCAUGAAGAAAGGGAAUUUUGAGUGGACAAAGGCAGCCGAUGAUGCAUUUGAAAAGAUCAAGCAAAGACUUUGUGAAGCACCUAUUUUGGCCUUACCGAAUUUUGAUCAAUUGUUGAGGUUGGACAUGGUUCUGAACCAUGUCUCAAGAAGGGGAAAGAGCACCCGAUCUGAAACUUUUCAUGAAGUCCAUGCAACAAAUGAUGGAAAGGAUGAAACUAGACAUGACAUCCAAAAUUAG